CCAAAAAAAAAAAAAAAAGUGUGAGAUGGAGAGCAGCAGAGAGAAAAGCAUCGUGGAGUUUUUCAAGGCGAAGACCAUUCUCGUCACUGGAUCGACUGGGUUUCUGGCCAAAAUAUUUGUGGAGAAGUUGCUGAGGGUUCAGGCAGACGUGGAGAGGGUCUUCCUCCUCAUCAGAGCUGCCGACGCUGCAUCAGCCAUGCAACGCCUUGAAGAUGAGAUUUUAGGCAAGGAAUUAUUCAAUGCCCUGAAAGAGAAACAUGGAGACGGAUUCCAGUCAUUUGCGAGGAGCAAAUUGUGGCCUGUGGCUGGAGACAUUGUUCAUGAGAAUUUAGGAAUUCAAGAUUCUAAUCUUGUAAAUGAAUUGUUCAAGGAAGUGCAAAUUAUUGUCAACGUUGCUGCCACCACCAACUUUUACGAGAGAUAUGAUGUUUCUUUGAACAUAAACGUGCUUGGAGCUAAGCACGUGCUGCAGUUUGCAAAACAAUGUGUGAAACUCGAAAUGUUUCUUCAUGUUUCAACUGCUUACGUAUCUGGUACUGAGCGCAGUGGACUCAUACCAGAGAAGAGAUUGUCAAUGGGUGAAACUCUCAGAUCAGGAUCAAACUCUUGUUAUUUGGACAUCGAAGCUGAGAUAGAUUUGGUAGAGAAGAAGAAAGUGGAGCUGCAAGCUGAUCAUAAUCUCACUCCAAUAGCCCAAAAACUCGCCAUGAAAGAGUUGGGCAUGCAAAGAGCAAGGUUUUUUGGGUGGCCCAACACUUACGUUUUCACCAAGGCAAUGGGUGAGAUGGUGCUAGGGCACUCGCGGGGAAACUUGCCUCUGGUCAUCGUGAGACCAAGUAUCAUAACGAGCAUCCUCAGAGAUCCAUUGCCUGGUUGGAUAGAAGGCAUAAGGACAACUGACAUCUUCAUGAUGGCUUAUGCAGACAGGAAGCUCCAAAGUUUUCCAGGAGACCCUCAGAUGACUGUAGAUUUGAUACCAGGAGACAUGGUGGUGAAUGCUAUGAUGGCUACCACGGUGGCUCACUCAAAGCAGCAGUCUGAGUUCAUCUACCAUGUUGGCUCCUCCACAAGAAACCCUAUUACUUAUGAUUCUCUACUGCAGUGUUGGUUCGAUUAUUUCUCCGUAUAUCCCCGUACAGGGAAGGAUGGAACCCCCCUGAAGAUCACUAGAAAGAUGAAUCCGAGCAUUAGAACCACCUUCUUAAUUAUGGUAUACAAGUUCUUAUUACAGGUACUUGGCCUUAUUCAUUUUAUAACUUGUGGGUUUAUAUUUGGGCGUCUAUACGAUGAUCUAAACCGCAAGUAUAAAUACUUGAAGCUUCUUAUCGAUCUUUUUGAGCCAUACACUUUCUUCAAAGGCCGGUUUGAUGAUGCCAACUUGGAAAAAUUAAGGGCGAUGAUGGGAAAGGAGGAGAUGUUUGAGAUGGACUCCAAGCACAUCGAGUGGAACUCUUAUCUCCACGGCAUUCAUAUUCCGGGCAUUCUCAAAUACGAAUGAAUGCAAAUGACUAUAACUAUUUAUAAAUCUUAAUUAUGAAAUAUAUAUUUUUAUAUAUAUUCACA